GAUUAGUACAUUUAGUGAAUUCACAACACCCACUGGACAAUUUGAGGAUCAAGAACGCCGCCUUAUCCUCAAAUACAUAAUACCAGUUUGUGGGAAAGAUAUUGGAUAUUGAGAAACAUUAGCACGGAUCCUAGCACCAAAAGCACAACAAUUUCGAAAAUGGCACAUGACGCACAAAUUCUUCAGCAACACAACACUGAACUUGUAAAACUGAUAGAAGAUUUGUGUCAGAAAAGAGAUCAGUUACAGAAAGCAAUUAUUGAGGAAGAUGAUGAAAAAAACCGUCUACAGCAUGACAUGAGGAUUAUUUCGGAGAAACUUGCGAAAAUAAAUGAUUCACUAAGCAAGAAGCUAGUCGUUCGAAAUUCUUAUGAUAAGGCAAUUGCCGAAUCACAACAAGCCUACUCGAAAUUAUUAGAAAACUCUUAUGGGUUGCUGAAUAUCUUGAAAUGCAAUCAAGAAAAAAUGAAAGAUAAGUUCGCUAAAACAUGUAAUUCCUAACAUCUAAAGAUAAGACUCGAUUGCUACUAUCUAACCUUACAAACGGUUUUUUAAGCCAAUCAAUUCCUUACAGUAUAUUAAAAUGCUGAUACACAUAGAUUAUCUGGUUCAUGGUCUACAAAAUAAUGUCUGAGACAUUUUUUAUUCGUCCCCAUAGACUAUAUCUCUGUAACAGGGUAUUUUUAUUAAACAGUUAGUCUUCAGUCUGCAUUAAAAUAACUAAUGUUUGUCAAUUCGUCUUGUUAUUUAUUUUUACUAUUCAAAGGUCUAGGUGAUCUGUGUUUUAGACAAGUGUCCUCAUCUGGCUUUUCCUCAGAAACAAUUAAAUAAAGUAGAAGCUCACAACGCAUCGACUUUGUCGACGACAACAAGGAUCUGGACCGUCUAAGUGCUACAUAUUAUAACCAUUAAUUCAGGUCAACUGGGCUAUUAUCUUCAUUCUAAGAGACUGAUCACACACAUCAAAGUAACUAAAACGAUGCAUAAUCAGAAGCCCGAAAUUAGCUCUAGUCUUAGAAUGUUCAAUGUGUAUCUGCAAUUAUUCACCCAUCUUUAAAUCUCCGAUAAAUAACAAUCUAAAUAAGAAGUUAAUUGACCGUCAAAGAUUACUUGCUUUAUCAAUUAUGAUUGCCUGUUUUGACUACAUCAAGAAGUUAUCUGAUCACAACCUUUAUGCGUUGAUCAGCAGAAAUCAGUAACCUUAACAUUGCUCAAUUUGUCGGUGGUGCAUAUCUUUUGUGCCCUGUAAAAGUGUUUUAACCAACGCCUUCUUGUAACUAAUUGGACAAAAACUAUUGAAAUUCAGGUAGAGGCCAUUCCAAUUACUUUUUCUAUGAAUUGAACGUUGGACUGUCUCGUCUCCCCUGCGUUUUAUGGCAACAUCAAGAAAGUGGAACAUAUCGUUCUGUUUGUACUCCAUGGUAAAAUGUAUGUUAUUAUGA